AUGGCCACUGCAAGAGCUCUAGCCACCAUGGCAGUUUUCCUCCUGGUGGCCCUCUCCACCUCCCACAUCGCGUCCUCGCUCCGCCCAGGUCUCGGUGUGUGCCGUGCAAGUGGCUACCUUCCAGGAAAGCAAGGCAACUGUGAGAAGAGCAACGACCCCGACUGCUGCGAGGAUGGCAAGAGAUACCCGCAGUACCACUGCUCGCCGCCGGUCACCGCGACCACCAAGGCCGUCUUGACGCUCAACAGCUUCGAGAAGGGCAAGGACGGCGGCGGUCCGUCCGAGUGUGACAAUUCCUACCACAGCGAUAAGGAGAUGGUCGUUGCGCUCUCCACCGGCUGGUUCAAGAACAUGGCCCGUUGCGGGCACCGCAUCAAGAUCAGCGCCAAUGGCAAGUCUGUGUAUGCCAAGGUGGUGGACGAGUGUGACUCCGUCUAUGGCUGCGACGAAGACCACAACUACGAGCCCCCGUGUGCUAACAACAUCGUUGACGCCUCUCCUGCGGUGUGGAAUGCCUUGGGGCUCGACCAGAACGUCGGCAUGGAGGGCAUCACCUGGUCCGAUGAGUGA